AUCCUGCGGGUGGAGAGCAGGGCUCCACCACGGUGCAUGUGCCUGGCUUGCAAGGAAUGCGGCGGGGAGGAUGCUCACAGCAGGGGAGUGGGGCCAAGGGGACCAGAAAUCUCCCCGGGCCCUUCCUGAGGGGCUGGCCCUGCCCUGGUGCUGCAGUGGCCCCGGGGGAUGCUCAGCCGGGGGGUGAAUGCCAGUGGGUGGGAGCCAGGCUGGACACACCUGCGGUGUUUACUUGGCGAGCCGUGUAAGGAGCGAGGCUUUGGGAGGGGGCGGGGGACGUGCCGCAGGGCAGUAUAAAGUCCGGGGUGUUGCGUCGGAGGCUGUCUGCUGCAAUCCCAAAGAGCACUGAUUGUCCUGGUGUUGAGACGUGAGAAACGAUGAAUUGGGCCGGCCUGUACACGGUGCUGAGCGGGGUGAACCGCCACUCCACUGCCAUCGGGCGCAUCUGGCUCUCCGUCAUCUUCAUCUUCCGGAUCAUGGUGUUGGUGGUGGCAGCCGAGAGCGUCUGGGGGGACGAGAAAUCUGCCUUCACCUGCAACACCCAGCAGCCUGGCUGCAACAGCGUCUGCUAUGACCACUUCUUCCCCAUCUCCCACAUCCGUCUGUGGGCCCUGCAGCUCAUCCUCGUCACCACACCAGCCCUUCUCGUGGCCAUGCACGUGGCUUACCAGCAGCACCAGGAGAAGAAGCUGCUGGUGCUGACAGGGCACGGUGAUGCCAAGCACAUGGAAGAAGUCAAGAAGCACAAGAUGCGCAUAGCGGGGUCGCUGUGGUGGACAUAUGUCUGCAGCGUGGUCUUCAGGCUGCUCUUCGAGGCUGUGUUCAUGUACAUCUUCUACCUGCUUUACCCAGGCUACCAGAUGAUGCGGCUGGUCAAGUGUGAGGCUUACCCCUGCCCCAACACUGUCGACUGCUUCAUCUCCCGGCCCACCGAGAAGACCAUCUUCACUGUCUUCAUGCUGGUCACCUCCAGUGUCUGCAUCAUCCUCAACAUGGCAGAGCUGGUCUACCUGGUGGUGCGGGCCUGUGCCCGCCGAGGCCAGCACCACUCCAACCCCUCGUCGGGGAAGGGCUCCUUCUAUGGGCACAAGCAUUCCUCUGAGUACAAGCAGAACGAGAUCAACCAGCUGCUGACAGAGCAGGACGGUUCUCUCAAGGACAUGCUGCGCCGCAACUCUGGGCUGCAGGAGAAGGGUGACCGCUGCUCUGCCUGCUAGGGCAACUGCUGCAGGGGCUCCAGCCCCACAGUUGUCCCGUGGCCAUGUUACUGUCCCUGUCCCAAGGGUGGCAUCCCUCAGGUGCGAGUCUGGCUUUCCUUGAUGGCCAGGAGGGCAUCAUGGGCCAUUAAAUCUCCAUUCUCA